AAAAAAAAUUGAGGAAUUUCCUUAAAUUCCUUCUUUAUUUACUAAAAUAAAAAAAUUGUCUGUGCUUCCUACACAGCCAAAAGUGUAAAUUAAUGGAACCAAUUAAUUAAAUGGAAUUAAAUUAAUGUGGAAUUGUGAGAAAAAAAAAAUUUGACAAUUUAAAUAAUAAAUUGAUAGGAAUUAAAUCGGAAUUGAAUGAAAAAAUAAUAAAAAUAAAAAUGGAAAAAAUCCACAAUAAGCUGCCUACAACUGUGUUGAAGGAACAAAAAUAAAUAUAAAAAAAAAUUCCACAAAUAUUUUCCUUUCUCUCCUCAAGCUUAAUAAAAUAAAUAAAUAAAUAAAUAUUAAUUCACAUCACAUUACAUUGAACAAUAAGGAUACUCAUCAUCAUCAUUAUCAUCAUCAUCAUCGUCGGUUGUUGUCGUUCAAUGAGAAUUAAAGUUUACGCGAGAAAUGUUUUUUUAUUUAAAAUGAAAAUGAAAUGUGCGAAUGAAUGAAAAAUGAGAUAAAAGUAAAAAAGAAAAAAGGAAAUUUCGGUGCGCUGAUGAGAACUUUACUUUAAUCUUGUUAACCUACAUAAAAAAUUAUAAAAAAAUAUUCAGCGUGGACGGAUAUUUUUAUCCUUAAAACUUUUUUACAUCUCGAGUGGUUUUUUCGGGUGAUGUUGAAAAAAUAAAAUUUAUUUUGACAAGAAAGUGAUGGAAAAUACGUGAAAUUGUUAUGAAAAAUUAAUAACUUGUGGAAGUGAAGUUUUUGUGGACUUUUGGAUAAUUUUGGAAACCGGCAGUCGAUCUUAGAGGAUUUUGAAAAGUGCUGAACCCUUGGAUUUAUUUAAAAAAAAAACAGACGAUAAAAAAACUAGAAAACGAUGGGGAUUGUGCCAUAAGCUAAUAAUAAAAUAUGCUACUUUGUAGGAUCUAAUCAAUAAUGUAUGAGUGUCGUUGCUGAUUUCUCCUCUUUAUCUUGUCAAAAAAGAAGAAGAAAAAACCGAAAAUUUGAAUGUGAAGACAAGAAGAAUCAGUUUAUGUGUGUCUUUUGUCUUUUGCGUGCAAAAAUAAAAGGCGAAAAGAUGUGAAAUGUAAUCGAAGAAGACGAAAAACUCUCAUUAAUGCAAAGUAUCUAAAGAAGAAUUAUGUGAUUUAUUUUAAUAAUGCCUAUGUUGAGAGCAAAUCCCUGUGAAAAAUUUAUAUAAUCAUAAUAAGAAGUAACAAAAAAAAAAGAUUAUAGACAUUGAGUGUGAGAGGGGAUACAAGGUGUACAAAAGGGAAAUUAUGUGAGAAAAACGGCAGUGUCGUAAAAACAAAACCUCGUAAAGCAACCCCCAAUCAUAGAGGGCAAAAAAAUACUUCUCUCGUGCAUGUCGAUGAGCCACUGUGAAAAAGAACAGAAAAAAAUAAGAAGAGUGCCACUGUGUUCGCCUAACAAACUCAUAAAAAUGCUAAUGCCGAUAAAAGAAAAGAAGUAGGAAGACGCUCUCAAAAAAAAGAGAAAAAAAAAUUCUCACAUUAUUGAAUUUUUAUUUUUGCAUCGAGGAUGAAAAAUGGUGAAAAUUUAAACAGCAGAAAAAAAAUAUCCAUAAAAUGAAUCAAACGAGCAUCAAUAGUUGAAUAAUAAAUUUUAUGUGAAAUGAUAAAAAUGUGCAAUAUGUGUGAAUGAAAAAUUGUAAGAAUAAGUAGAACCAAAAUAAGUGAAUCAUGUUACUCAUCGCAUUACUUAUUACACUCAUGACACCGACAAUAUCGUCGGGUGGCGAUGAUUCAUCGAGCGAUCACUCGCAAAUAUCAUCGAGAAUUGUACAUACGAAAUAUGGCGCAGUGUCGGGUACGAUUGUACAAUUGGAGAAUUUAAAUCGAAACCUUGGUGCUGUGGAGGUGUUUAAAGGGAUUCCGUACGCUUCACCACCUAUCGGAUCACUGAGAUUUAUGCCGCCUGUUACUGGCGCAUUAUGGUCGGGCGUAAAAAAGGCUGACAGAUUCAGCGCAGUUUGUCCACAGCGCUUGCCAGACAUAUCAAAUGAGACAGAAGCGUUAGAGAGAAUGCCAAAAGGCAGACUAGAAUAUCUUAGACGAUUGUUGCCGUAUCUUCAAAAUCAAUCUGAAGAUUGCCUGUAUUUAAAUAUUUAUGCUUCAAUUCAAGCUGGAUCGCGAAGCGAUAGUGGAAAUGCAAGUCCCGCAAAAUAUCCUGUGAUGGUGUUCGUGCAUGGUGAAUCGUACGAAUGGAAUAGUGGAAAUCCAUAUGAUGGAAGUGUAUUAGCUAGUUACGGACAUAUUCUAGUCGUUACAAUAAAUUAUCGAUUAGGGGUGCUUGGUUUUCUAAACACAAAUGUUGAUCGAUUUUCAAAGUCACCUGCCAAUUACGGCCUGAUGGAUAUUCUCGCGGCACUACAUUGGAUUCAAGAGAAUAUCGAAGCAUUUGGCGGUGACAGUAAGAGUGUCACAUUAGCAGGUCACGGAACUGGUGCUGCAUGUGUUCAUUUCCUCAUUGCCUCACAGGCUGUGCCUGAUGGACUUUUAUUUCAUCGUGCAAUAUUAAUGUCCGGUACAGGACUUGCACCAUGGUCACUUGUUGGUGAUCCAGCCUAUUAUGCUGCAAUCGUUGCACAUCAUGUUAAUUGUUCUGUUGAUUUACCUCAUCAAGCUUUAAUGAAAUGUCUUCGUGACGUUCCUAUGAACUCGCUUCUGUCGACGCCCAUUCGAUUGCCAGAAUUUGGCAAUGCCUUUGGACCAAGUGUCGAUGGUGUUGUUAUUGAUACUGGCGACUAUAAUCAGCCGGAUCCAUAUGAUUUUGGUACGAGUAGUGGCAGUGAAGCAAAACGACAAAUGCACUAUCAAAAUAAUCUUAAUAUAAUAAAUUCAGUAUUAUUAAGGAAAUUAGCUAUAAACAAAUUAUCAAGGUACGAUUUAUUGGUAGGCGUAACUCGUGCAGAAUCAUAUUUUAUAUUUAAUGCCGGAGAUGUACAGUAUGGAAUUGAGUCAGAUCGAAAGACAAAAAUUUUAAGAACUUAUGUGCGUAGCACUUAUAGUUAUCAUUUAAAUGAAAUUCUCGCGACAAUUGAGAAUGAAUAUAAAGACUGGGAAAAGCCUGUACAGCAUCCAAUUAAUAUUAGAGACGAGACCUUAGAGGCAUUAAGCGAUGCUCAAGUUGUAGCUCCCGCAACUUUAACUGUUGACUUACAUUCAGCCGAUCAUCGAAAUUCAUUCCUUUAUGUGUUCGAUUAUCAGACAAAGUUUGGUGACUAUCCUCCGCGACAGGGAUGCAUUCAUGGCGAGGAUUUACCAUACUUUUUUGGUGCACCACUUGUUGGUGGUCUUUCGCAUUUCACGAAAAAUUUUACAAAGGCUGAAAUGCUUCUGUCAGAAGUUGUAAUGCUUUAUUGGUCCAAUUUUGUUAGAACGGGAAAUCCUAAUGAACAGCAGGAUAACCGAGACAGAGGAAAAGUGAAAAAUGUUGAAUGGACGCCGUAUGAGAAUGUCCAUAAAAAGUUCCUCAAUAUUGACACAAAACCAAAGCUAAAAAAUCAUUAUCGAGCCCAUCGAUUGUCAUUCUGGCUCAAUUUAAUUCCUGACCUUCACAAGCCAGGUAACGAUGAUGUUCCUUUAUCGCAUCACGAGCUGGAAAAUGACGACAUUAGUGAUCAAUCGAAGGCAACCGUAAAACCUUUAAUACCACAACGUGACAAAAUGAAUGGAUCGAUUCAGAAUGGCACAUCGUCACAUUAUCCUGCAUCAAUGAUCUUUAAUUUAACAGCAUUACGAAAUAGUAAUCGUAAUAAUAGCAACAAUCAAAUAAAUUUAAAUGGAAAUACUUUGUCGAGUGGAAAAGCGAAAAAUCAAGUUCCAAUACAGUCGAUUGAUCAUGAUUUAUAUGAUGAGAAUUCGACAUCGAAUCCGCCAACAGAGGAUGGUUUUGCAGCAUAUAGCACGGCACUGAGUGUGACAAUUGCUAUCGGCUGCAGUCUGUUGAUACUGAAUGUAUUAAUAUUUGCUGGCGUCUACUACCAGCGUGACAAAACGCGAUUAAAUGAGCCAAGGGCAAUAAAGAAGCGCAAUGAGAAUGGACAGAUGCCAAACAACAUAUGCGGUGAUCUCGAGUCAUUAACAAUUCAUUCCAAAAGCGAUCCGACGACAAUUCUAGGACAUCAUCAUUCAUUACAUCAGUUACCACCACCCGAAUUUGCAGACAUGCCUCUGAUAACGAAACCGUCAGGUCGCAUUCCACCACCACCACAUGCGCUACAAGUCGGUAGUAAUUGUAACACGCUAAAUAAGAAGAGCUGUGUGAAGAACAACAUGAAUCAUCAGCAUCAAUCAACAACAAACAUGGGUGGAGGUGGCGGUGUGAAUUCAAACUCACAACAGAAUCCGAUGGACGAGCUACGUGUAUGACGUUAAGUCACAUUUGAUGAUGAAAUUCAGGACAUUUAUUUAUAGCAACGGAACCAUUACCGUUACACUAUACCUGCCAUACUCGACAACGUAGUUGUUGUCAUCAUCAUCAAUUGUGAAAAAAAUAUUGUUUAGUUAAAUUUAUCAUAAAAUUUUUUGUAGUUUAUCAAUGUAAAUUUGUGUGAAUAAUUUAUUGAUUCAUGAAAAAGUGAGGAAGUAUAAAAGGAGAUUUAGGGCAUGUUACUGAAAACAAAUUUAUGUAAGUAUUAAUAAGAAUUUUAAUAGAUCAAAGUCAUGUUUGAAGAGAGAGAAAAUUUGAUGAGAAAAUAA